UUUUUCAUUUCUCUUUUAAAGAUACAGUAGGGAAUUGGAGAAGAAACAAAUUUGGGUAGGGGCUAGUGGAAUAACCAGAGGUGGGGAAGGCAGGUGUUCACAGCUGUGUGGCAGGUGGCCCCCUGGCUCCCACCUGCUAGCUGGCUGGCCUGGAGAGUGUGAAGCUUGGCCACACCAUGUGGUUCAGGACUGGCCACCCCCUGACUUAGAACAGCCAGCUGUCCAUGGUGGCUUCUGGCUGGUUGAAAGGGCACGGUUGAAGUGUUUGCAGUAGGUUAGUUUCACUGAUUGGGUUUUUAAGGUUCCUAUUCAAAUCUUUUUUUUUUUUUUUUUUAAUAUACUGACUCAAUUUUUAGAAGGUAACUUUGAAUUUAAAACAUGAUGCAGAUGGUCUCAAAUCUGUACCAGGUCUAGUCAGAGUUACUGUGCUUGACUCUAAGAAUCUCAGUAAAAGAAGGCAGGUUCUGGGCACAGCUCUGGGUCUCCUGACCACCACUCAGGCCUGUUGUCAUUUCUGUGCGUCCAUUCCUGUGUGGGGAAUCCAGUUUUGUUUUUUGUCAGUGGGUGAGAGGAAGAGCCCUUGAGGGCUCUUAUGUUUAUGUUCAUCGUGUACUAAUUUUAGAUUUUCCCAACUAGCUGGGGACAUUUGUUUCCCUUUUUUCAGUUGAGGAACCUGAGACUCAGGUUGGUCCUGCAGCGAGUCCGUGGUGGGAUGGGAGCUCCAACCCAGGCUGAUGUGUCUCCAGAACCCUUCUGUUUCACAGUGACGCUGAAGGAGAUACAAUGGGAUGAAGACUCUUGGCAAUGAAGGGACACAGGUCAUCAGGGAGAAGUCCCCAAGUUUGGACGAGUGCUGACAGCCGCGGUGGUGAGGUCUGGUGUGGUGGUCAGAAUGGCGGAAGAGCAGGAGUUCACUCAGUUGUGCAAGUUGCCUGUGCAGCCCUCACACCCACACUGCGUCAACAACACCUACCGGAGUGCACAGCACUCCCAGGCCUUGCUCCGGGGGCUGCUGGCUCUCCGGGACAGCGGCAUCCUCUUUGACGUCGUCCUGGUGGUGGAGGGGAGACACAUCGAGGCCCAUCGCAUCCUGCUGGCUGCGUCCUGCGAUUACUUCAGAGGAAUGUUUGCUGGGGGAUUGAAGGAGAUGGAGCAGGAAGAAGUCCUGAUCCAUGGUGUGUCCUACAAUGCCAUGUGCCAAAUCCUGCAUUUCAUAUACACCUCCGAGCUGGAGCUCAGCCUGAGCAAUGUCCAGGAGACGCUGGUCGCCGCCUGCCAGCUUCAGAUCCCAGAAAUCAUUCAUUUCUGCUGUGAUUUCCUUAUGUCCUGGGUGGAUGAGGAGAACAUCCUCGACGUUUACCGGCUGGCAGAGCUAUUUGACCUGAGUCGUCUGACUGAGCAGCUCGAUACCUACAUCCUCAAGAACUUUGUGGCCUUCUCACGGACUGACAAGUAUCGCCAGCUUCCCCUGGAGAAGGUCUACUCCCUCCUCAGCAGCAACCGCCUGGAGGUCUCCUGCGAGACCGAGGUGUACGAGGGCGCCCUGCUCUACCAUUACACCCUGGAGCAGGUGCAGGCCGACCAGAUCUCGCUGCACGAGCCCCCCAAGCUCCUGGAGACAGUGCGGUUUCCCCUGAUGGAAGCCGAGGUCCUCCAGCGGCUGCAUGACAAGCUGGACCCCAGCCCGCUGAGAGACACAGUGGCCAGCGCUCUCCUCUACCACCGGAAUGAGAGCCUGCAGCCCAGCCUGCAGGGCCCGCAGACAGAGCUGCGGUCGGACUUCCAGUGUGUUGUGGGCUUCGGGGGCAUUCACUCCACGCCAUCCACUGUCCUCAGCGACCAGGCCAAGUACCUGAACCCCCUGCUGGGAGAGUGGAAGCACUUCACCGCCUCCUUGGCCCCCCGCAUGUCCAAUCAGGGCAUCGCGGUGCUCAACAACUUCGUGUAUCUGAUUGGAGGGGACAAUAACGUCCAGGGCUUCCGUGCCGAGUCCCGAUGCUGGAGGUAUGACCCGAGGCACAACCGCUGGUUCCAGAUCCAGUCCCUGCAGCAGGAGCACGCCGACCUGUGUGUGUGUGUGGUGGGCGGGUACAUCUACGCGGUGGCUGGCCGCGACUACCACAAUGACCUGAAUGCUGUGGAGCGCUACGACCCUGCCACCAACUCUUGGGCCUACGUGGCCCCACUUAAGAGGGAGGUGUAUGCUCAUGCGGGCGCCACGCUGGAGGGGAAGAUGUAUGUUACCUGCGGCCGCAGAGGAGAGGACUACCUGAAGGAGACGCACUGCUACGAGCCGAGCAGCAACACGUGGCACACCCUGGCCGACGGGCCCGUGCGGCGGGCCUGGCACGGCAUGGCCACCCUCCUGGACAAACUGUAUGUGAUCGGAGGCAGCAACAACGACGCUGGCUACAGGAGGGAUGUGCAUCAGGUGGCCUGCUACAGCUGCACAUCCGGGCAGUGGUCAUCUGUCUGCCCACUCCCAGCAGGGCACGGCGAGCCUGGCAUCGCUGUGCUAGACAACAGGAUCUACGUGCUGGGCGGCCGCUCGCACAACCGCGGCAGCCGCACGGGCUACGUGCACAUCUACGACAUGGAGAAGGACUGCUGGGAGGAGGGGCCCCAGCUAGACAACUCCAUCUCGGGCCUAGCGGCCUGCGUGCUCACCCUGCCCCGCUCCCUGCUCCUCGAGCCUCCCCGUGGGACCCCUGACCGCAGCCAGGCCGACCCGGACUUUGCCUCCGAGGUGAUGAGUGUGUCUGACUGGGAGGAGUUUGACAAUUCUAGCGAGGACUAGGGCUCCAGGGGCCCGGUGUCAGGGGAAGGGUGGCGGGAGCUCCGAGGGCAGCAGGGCCCGUAGGCGGCCCAGGCCAGAGCACCUUACCCCAGGGCGUCGGCCGCCCUGCCUCCUGGCACCUUUCCUUCACACCAGCCCGUCUGCCGGUAUUUGCAGGGCUGCAACAGGUAUGUGUGGGGCCCUGCAGAUCUGUGGCUGUGGAUUACCCAGCAAUGGGAAAUGCUUGUGAAGAGCCCUGGUCCUCUGAAGUUUACCAGGCCCACUCCUCUGCUCAGACAUGGUGCGCCAUCACCAGCUGUCUUGGCCCCCCUGGUUCCGGUGCCUGCUGGGUUAAGAAGGCGCCCUUCUCCAGAGAGACCUAGGGACUGGUGCCCAGGCGAGGGGGCUGCAGCACACUGAGCCCCCUUCUGUGGGCAGGGAGGGGGCAGAGUGAGCCCCUCCACCGGCCCAGCAGCCCGGGGCUGGAGAGGGAGCAGAGAUACAUAAAGUUGCCUGAGACUGGUUCUAGCGAUAAACAGAUCCCCUACAGCUGAGCUUUUCUGACCCCAUGUUGUUAAUAAAUGAAAUAAAUCGUCUU